CGACAGGUGAGAAGUUGUGAGGAGGUCGGGUGGGUGAACGGAUUGGCGGCGCACUCGACGAAAGCGCACAGGGGCAUCAGUCAAGGCCGGCCGUGUCCUCUGCUUCCAGGAGAGAGAAAUCCCAAGCCCGUGGCGGACCAAGAUGCUGUCAGUCAUUGGCAUUGGUAUUGGCAUCGUCAUUUGUCGUUUGUUGUUGUCUUGCGUUCCUCGUUCCUUUCCCAGGGCCAUGAAUACCUACGUGUCUCUAGUCUACCUAGUACGUAUCCGUACCGACAGAGAGAUACGGCGGUCAGCCGCCGCAGAACUGCCAACGCUCAUUGGAAUGCCGCUAAUCCGUGUUCAAGAUAUAACCGAUUCGCUCAUCUGGUGGGGGUGAUUCGGAGUUGGCUGGGAAGCUAGGAGCUAAGGUGGUAAAGACAAGUAGCUUUUGAGCCUUGAGUCGUUCGCCUCGACCGAGUGUGUCCCGCGACAAUGUCUCACUCGCUGCGGCACCCGGGCGCAAGGUAAGGUGGGUUGAAGCAAGAAUAGUACUCUGUAGCUCGCCUUCGCUUUACGGUCAGCAUGGCUUCUUCGCAUACUUUGGCG